CACCAUGCCUCGCCCUCACCCAAGUCUCCUCAGCCCGCCACACCCCGCGCGUCCUCCCUCCCCACCAUACAGCCCACACCGCCCAUGAAACCCACGCAGCCACUCAAAGACACAGCGCUGCCCUCUCCGCCGUCCCACGACACAGCGCAGCCCUCACGACUCCUCCCCACAGCGACACAGCCACCGCCAGAACCCUUCCGUGACGAAGCACAGCCACCAGCGCAGCCACAAGCCGCAACACAAGUCACUGAGCCUCCAGCACACACUGUAUUGUCAUCACCGACACUUGAGGACACGACACAUCCCCCUCCUACCCCCUUCAAGGACACCAAACACUCCCCUCCUACCGCGCAGCCCCCCCAGCCCUUCAGGGACGCCUCACCACCACCUCAAGUCGCGGCGCCCCCUCAGGACACUCAAGUGGAAACAUUGAAGCCUGCAGCCGAGGAGACGAGGGUUCCCGAGCCUCGCCAGCCUCCCAAAGAGACCUUGAUCAAUGGCUGGGGAGAGGGGGAGGCGGAGGGAGAGGCAGACAGGGAGAAUGAAAAGGAGAAGCUGGAGAAAGAGAAGGAGAGGGAGCGAGAGAAAGAGCAGAAAGGGGAGCGGGAGGCAGAAAAGGCGGAACACGGGGAGCAGCAGCAGCAGCAGCAGAAACACUCGUGUCGGGACAGCGCGUCGAGUCUGGAGGGCCUGGACCGUCCCACCAGUGAGGAGUUGAGCCUCGACGGCCUCAUGAGCCAGGACGAGGCCGAGAAGGCGCCUAAGGCCAGCAAAGUGUCGCGCUUCGUGAGAAUGUUCAACCGGCGCGAGGUUAGUCAGACGGAGGCCAGCUUGGAGCGUGCCUCGGGCCGAAAGACUCCCAUCCGUGUGUGGGCCAUGUGUCUGCAGGCACAGAGCCCCAACAAGGACGACGACGACGAUGAUCUCGAGUCCUCCAGCGAGGUGAUCAAGAGCGAGCCUCACCUGGACCAGUGCCCCUCGGGGUCGCACAAGGGCGCGGCACCUCCCUGGGGUGACACAUCCAGCCUGGGGGACGUUCACACGCGCCACUCCCUGGACAGCAUGGCGGGUGACGUGGAGGACAAGCGGCGCUCCCUCAACAUCGAGGUGGAGAACAGGAGCCUCAUCAGGAGCAGUGGCGGCCGCCGCUCCUUCGACAAGCCGCAGAGCCGCGCCCGCCUCACCACCAAGCGCUCCAACACGCUGGAGGACAUGGACGACUCGCGCCACGCCGUCUCCAGGUCAUCCAAAACUCUGCCAGCCAAGCCUACUUCUGCCGCCGCAGCGGGGCGGGAGGCGGCUCCCAACACCAGCCCCUUUUAUCGCAGGUUCUACAGCCACUGUAUGAUUCUCCCCGCCAAGAGGCGCAAGCGUGCCAAGAAUAAGAACCGCGACAACAUGGAGGACAGCAGCUCGCAGGGCAAGGAAGAGCCGGGCUUAGCGGGUGGCGGCACCGUGGCACAAAGAGAUAAUGACGCUGGAACUGGCGGAGAAAAGGAAGAGAGUGAAGAGGCGGGCAAGGCUGGCGAGGGUGAGGGCCAGGCAGUGUCUCCUCUAGCGGACUUUGAGGAUGACUUUGACGACUCCCCGAAAAGACUGCCGGUGAUGGACGGCUUCCUGGCGGAGAUCAUGGAGAGUGUCACGCUCAUAGAAAAGGAAAUGACGGAGGACGAGGCUGAGAAUGAUGACGAGGGGUCAGGCGGGGAGGCAGCGGCCCAAGACAACACAGAUGAGGAUGAGGAAGAGCAAGAGAGGAGGAGCAGCCUGGAACUCCUGUCUGAUGGCAAAUCCAGGGUCACCUCCCUCAUAUCGAGAUUCGAACAGUGUGGCUCGUAGUGCUAAAGCAACCACCACCACCACCACCACCACCACCCUCCCGUGGUGUACGUAACGCUGGUUUGUGUUGACUACUAUUCUACUCCAGGCGAUGUAGUCUUGGUGGAAACGUUUGGGAUUCCUCGGCAGCUUACUGGUGUGACUGGAACGUUUUCAGGGUAUUUGUGGACUUGUAGAUAUAAUAAUGGAAACGUUUGAGUGUUCCUGGUGGCUCAAGUGAAAACGUUGGUGAAUUUCUGGUGAUGUACAUGAAAACGUUCGUGAAUUUCAGCUGGUCUAUGUGAAACGUUCGCGACUUUCUGGUGGCUUAUGUGAAAACAUGUGAGGGUAUCUGGUGGCUUAGAAUGAAAACAUUUAUGACUUUCCGAUAGCUUAAGUGAAAACGUUUGAGGGUUUCUGUGGCUUUCACUGAAAACGUUUAAUAAUUUCCGAUGACUACUUGAAAACGUUUUUUUAGGGUAUUCGUGAAGCUUAUUUGCAUCUGUUAAACGUUCGGGGGUAUAUGGGGUGCUUGAUAGCGUCAGUGAAAACGUUUACGGGAAGGCGUGAACACGUGGUUGAAAACGUUUCGGAAGAUGAUUCAAGAUCAACUAAAGCCUUCGAAUUGAAUGAGUGUCUGGAAUGAAGCUCAGUAAAGAGCCUUGGAUUGAAUGAAUGAAUGAAGAUCCUGAGUUGAAUGAGAGUCUUCAAUUGUCAUUUAUUAAUCUUGUAUGGAAUGAAAAGCAAGUUGUAAAGGAAAGGUUAGAACGCUUUUAAGUUUAGUGACUGGAAA